CUGUACAUUCCCCGUACAAAAAUGCCCAUGGAUAGCCACAGUUAGCACAAUAGUUUUCAAAUAACCUCUGAUCCCUUACUAAUUAUGCUGUAAUGUCAAAAAACUUGGUAGUGACUAAUUGGUUUUUGUAGCUACAUACCGUCCUGACAGUGAUGAUGAUGAUGAUGAUGACAGUGACUUUCUUGGGUUUGCCACCACUGAUGAUGUCGUGGAUGUCGCUGUGUCGACUGAUGGCACGUGGCAGAAGAGAGGACACCAGAGUCUUUUUGGCAUCCAGGCUGCCAUCUCGGCUGUCACAGGCAAGGUGCUCGACUUUGAAAUCCAGAGCCGGUUCUGCAAAGAAUGCCAGUCCCACGGCUCUUGGGAUCGGUCUACUGAGAGGUUUCGCCUGUGGAAGGAGGCUCACGCUCCAACCUGCAGCCUCAACUACCGAGGUUCAUCAAACAGCAUGGAGCAGCAUGGGGCGGUUUUGAUGUGGGGCCGGUCAUUGGAACUGCAUAAACUGAGGUACACCACCUUUAUAGGUGAUGGUGACAGUUCCUCAUUCAAGUCGGUUCUAGCAGCUAAGCCCUACGGUGACGAUGUCACCAUCACCAAGAGUGACUGCAUCGGCCACGUGCAGAAGAGAAUGGGGACACAGCUGAGGAGGUUAUGGGUAGAACACAAGGACGUCGAGAUUCCUACUCUAUCUGGGGAGUCCACGAGGAAGGGGUUGAAGGGCGCGAACCGGUUGACUGCAGACCUCGUCAACAGGCUGCAGAAUUACUACGGCAUAGCCAUUCGAAGCCACACUGGUGACAAACCUGGGAUGAUCACUGCCAUCACAGCAAUAUACUGUCACCAUGCCAACGACCACUCCUUCUGUCCACCUGGUGAGAGCUCAUGGUGUAAGUAUAACCGUGGCGAUCCCAGUUAUGCCCCAAAGGAGAUACAGCCAGAAGUCCUAGACCUCAUGGAGCCGGUUUUUGAGAGGCUGAGUGACGAAGACCUACUCGAGAGGUUGCAACGUGGAGACACGCAAAACUCCAACGAGGCUCUUCACUCUCUCAUUUGGAGGCGUUGCCCAAAGGGGGUAUUUGCCUCUCUUGAAAUCAUUCGCUUGAGCACAUCACUGGCUGUUAUCCAACGAAAUGUUGGCAGUGUUGGAUUGGCUAGUGUGCUGCACUCUUUGGGCAUUCUAGACACUGAUGUUUCCAUACGCCUUCUUGAAAAAAUAGAUGUCAAGAAGAAGAACCAGUUGCUCAGACAGCGAAGUGUGGAGUAUAAGAGGAGACGACAGAUGCUGAGAGGGAUGAAGAAGCGUGGAGAGGAUGCAUUGUGGCAGAAAGAGAUGAGUAGUUACGAGGCAGGCGGUUUUGGUAUGAUUGAGGAGGAGGAGAGUGGAUCAAGAAAGGGUGCUCGAAAGAGGAGGAAGAAAGCGAGAGAUCAGGAGGGUCAGUCAAUAAGUAAACGUCCCCAUCGUGCUGCAGCAUCUGUCAGCACUCCACCAUCUGAGACUUGUCCACCACCAGCAUCUCAGAGGCGUCCACGUAAUGUGAGGCGUCCUGAAUGUUGAUUUGAUGAACUGCAAGUUCGUGUGCAAGGGCCAACAAUCCUGGGCCUGCCACGUCAAGAAGAAGCACAAUUCUCGUUUCCACAUUCC